AUGGGUUUCCCUGUCCACCGCCUCGUCGAGCGGUCAUACCAUGACCAUUACGAAGCCGCGGUCGAGAAGAACUCCUUCACAGGCGAAUACUCGGCCGACUCGGUUAUCGUGACCUUGUCGGUGGCAUUGGCGCUGUACAACGCCCUCGAGAUGGUCCUGCUAGUCGUCUCGACGUUCAAGAGGUGGAAGGGCCUAUACUUCUGGAGUCUAUGCGUCUGCAAUUUCGGCGUCUUCUGCUAUGCGACGGGCAUUCUGCUGACGUACUUCGAUCUCGGCGUCCUGUGGUUGGGCAAGACAAUCCUCGAUAUCGGCUGGGUGUCCAUGAUCGCAUGCCAGUCUCUUGUCCUCUACUCGCGGCUGAACUUGGUGUUGGACAACGUCUUGAUCCUCCGGGCCGUGAAGUGGAUGAUCAUCACCAUCAGCGCCACUAUCCUCCCCCUCGUGGUGGUCCUGGAUUUUGGCUCCACGUAUUCAGGCCGGCCAGCGUUCUUCGAGGGGUAUUACUACAUCGAGCAGAUCCAAUUGAUUGUCAUCAGUCUCCAGGAACUUGCCAUUUCGGGGCUGUACCUGUGGAAGGCCAUCUCAUUCCUCAAUAUCAUCUCGAAGGCCCAGACACGUAGGGUCAUCUGGCAGCUGUUCGCCAUUAAUGUCAUCAUUAUUUCUAUGGAUGUUGUGAUCGUCGCCUUGCAGUUCCUGCAUUAUCAACUUUACCAGGAGAGCCUCAAGGGGUUCUUCUAUAGCGUGAAGCUGAAACUUGAAUUGAACAUUCUCUCCAAGCUGGUUGAUCUCGUCAACGGCAAUGCAACCCACAGGUCAAAUACGAUCGAGGCUAUCGACUCGGAUGCGACAGCAGGGCAGGGAGGAUCAGAGGUGCAACGGGAAGUCUCGCCGAUGACGCAGCAUAGCCGGCGGAAUACAACUUACAAAGGAGUGCUAGAGCACAUCAACGAAGAGAACCAGCACCGCACAGAUCCCUCCAGUCUGGAAGCCUCAUCUUCGUCCACAAAAGCCCUCGACGAGGAAGACGGAAUCACACGGCUGAUGUCUCAACAAUCUUCGAGAUCAACAAGGACGAGGGUACGAGAAUCCGAUAUCUGGUAUGCUGAUGUGCUCCGCUCCAUGAAGUGA